CAUACGCUCAAUCGGCUCUCAAUAUCUUUUGACAAGAAUUUUUUUCAAAGUGUUUAAGAAUUUGACAACAUAUUAGAUUACGAAAAUGUACAAGUCUCUUUUAGCUUUUAUCGUCUUAACGUUUACUUCAGCAUGUCUUGAUCCUGUCGAUUGUAAGUUGCCUUCGCCUAUGCCCGAAGAGCACAGUAACGAGGAAAUUGAUCACAAUCACAUCGUGAUCAGCGAUAUAAGCAAUCUGUAUCGGAACGAAAAGUAUUCUGAUGUUGUUUUAGUUGUCGGUGGAAAUCGGUUGCACGCCAAUCGUGAUGUUUUAGCCGCACGCAGUUCAUAUUUUAGCAAAUUAUUUUAUGGAAGUUAUGCAGAAGCGAAAAAGUCUGAGGUGCCAAUUAAGGAAGGAUCAGUAACCUCAUUUACAAUACUUCUAAAGUAUAUUUAUACUGGUCAGAUGAAUUUAAGUGAUCUAGAGUAUGAAGUUAUUGUAGAAUUAUUUAGAAUUUCGGAUUACUACGGUUUUCAAAAGUUACAAUAUUCACUGUCCGAGUAUUUGCGUAGUACCAUUAGUAUACACAAUGUAUGUUCGUUGUUUACUGUGGCACGACUUCAUCAACAAAAAAAAUUCACAGGCGACUUACUCGAAUUUAUUGAAACCAACGCUAUGGAUGUAUUGCAGUCUAAAGAAUUUCUGUCUUUGUCGCCCGUAGACCUUCGAGAAAUCCUCAUUCGUGACACGUUUAAUGCUAGAGAAUUCGAUAUAUUCAGUGCGGUUAAUCGCUGGAUCCAAAAGAACGGAAAACACCUAGAUCGUGAUGCAAAAUCUAAAGUUUUAUCUGCUGUCCGAUGUCCGUUGAUGAGUGAUGAAGAACUGACGAAGGUUUCGGAAUCACGAUUGAUUAGUUUGGAUACAAUUUCGAGGGCCAAAAUAUUAAGAAACACCGGGCGACCACAUACGAUUGGGUUUCGAGCACAGCGAAAACCCGAUGUAAAUCUUGCUGAGGGUUCUUCGGUUACAUAUAACGAUAACGGUGGUAUUAUGAUAAGGUUGAGUCAUCCAUCAACCAUAAACUAUAUCAAAAUAAUAUUACCUAAAGAAGAUUUAGCUUAUUACAUAGAAGUUUCAAUGGGCGAUAACGAUUGGGUGAAGGUAAUAGAUUAUUCAGAUUAUAUUUGCCGUUCAGUUCAACGUUUGUGGGUUUAUCCAAUUGCAGCAUGGUAUAUUCGUAUAGUAUAUAUUCGAACCAAAAAUACUGUUAAUAAACCAUGCAAAUUUGAAGAAAUCUCGUACAAAACAAACAGACAUCACUUGGUGGAAAUCGAAAAUGAAAUAGUUGCUCCAAAAUACAAUGUUAUUUCGUCGUUAAAGAAUGCACUUAUAAUCAAAGGUGAAAGUCGUUAUGAAAAUAAUACGCUAUUGGACCACUUAGAUGAAUGCGAUAUGUAUAAAAGAUAUACAUGGCAUCAGCUGGGAUCAGGUUGUAUAUUGAUUCAGCUACCACAACCUUAUAUGCUUAGUUCAAUGAGGAUGUUGCUUGAAAUCGAUCCUAACGAGUUAGUAUUCUUCAAGUACACUAUUGAAGUAUCGGUAAAUAACAAAGAAUGGAAAAUGAUCGUAAAUAAAACUAAAAGGGAGACACAAUCAAUGCAGUUGUUGAACUUUGAUCCUACCCCGAUAGUGUUUAUCCGAAUUACUGGCGUUCACUGUUCAGAUGGCGAUGAGUUUCGUUGUGUAUAUUUGGAGGCUCCCGCCAAAGUAAAGUUAGAUUCCGACGAUGACAGUGAUGACAGCGACGAAACAGAUGAUCCGAUGUCAGGUGCAUCAGAUUAUAGCUACAGUCAAUAACCAAAUUUGUAGUGGAAGCAAAGGUUUGAUUCCAUUUGCACUUAACAAGAUUGACAUAUAUAUCCAACACCUAUU